AAAAAAGUCAAAACAAAUUCCAUUGAUUCACUGCAUUGAUGUUAUUUUGUAUUUAAUUUUAGUAAUAAAAAGGCGCUUAAAAUAGCAUUCAAAAGAGUGUAUUUAAAUAGAAGUUUACGCUUAGUUCUUACUCUAGUGAUUUAACAAUUGGGAUGCUGGUUCCAAGUGUAUCAAUUUCAUAAUGAGGUGUCUAUAAUUACUAUUUGUUAAUUAAUUGAGGAAAACAGCUCGUUAUCAGCAAAGUCCAGCCUAAAUAUCGUUUAUUUGAGUGAGCAAAAUGUCGGCGCUAUUAACUGCGGACUGGUUCCAGCUGGAUUCCUAUUACAGGAAAUUUGACCUGUACACCAUGAACUGGACAAUGGAUGAAGGUCUGGAGAACAUGCUAGUAAGCGGAGCCCAGUACGGAGGCCCGAUAGCCACCGUGAGAGACAGGAAACUGCUGGUGCGAGUUGUGACAUCGGCCAAACCAGUAAUCACAAUCUACAAUUGUGUCGGGAAUGUUAUCUCUAAAAUAUUGUGGAACAGCGGUGUGCUCGUACAUAUGGGCUGGUCGGACAGCGAGCAGCUACUGUGUGUGCAGGAAAGCGGGGACGUUCUGAUAUACGACAUGUUCGGAGCCUACCAGAAGACCUUCAAUUUGGGGCAGGAGGUCAGGGACACUAAGGUCAGCAAGGCGCAACUUUUUUCUAACCCUCACGGUAUUGGGCUAGCCGUCAUCACCACGACCAACCGUAUGUUUGUAGUGAGCAAUGUCGCCGACCCCAAAGUUAGAUCUGUGCCGGAUUUGCCUAGAGCCAAUGAGCCAAUAAGCUCGUGGUGCGUGCUAUCAUCCUACGUCCGGUCACCGGCAGUCGUGGGCUUCCUGGUGUGCCGCGACAAAGAGAUAUACAAGUGCCAGCUGGGAGAGACCAGGGCUGUUCUUAUGCUUCCAGAAAUAAAGAAUCUUCACUACACACAAAUACUGUCCAUUGUGCCGUCCCAAAAUGGCAGACACGUUGCUCUGUUCACGGAUUCCGGAUGCCUCUGGAUCGGGUCCUCCGACUUCAAGGCCAAAUACUGCGAAAUAGAUACAGGCUUCAUUAAAGUACCCAAAGAGCUGGUGUGGUGCGGCUCCCAAGCCAUAAUAGCGCACUGGGACGACGUGCUCUGCGUCUACGGUUUCAACGGCAAAUCCGUGUCCUACCCAUAUGAUGGUCCAUUCCACAUCAUCCAAGAGAUGGACUGCGUGAGGAUCAUUUCGGAGAUGAGCCACGAACUGGUGCAGAGAGUGCCGGUGGAAGUCGACAAGAUAUUCAGGAUCAACAGCACAGCUCCUGGGUCGUAUUUGGUGGAGGCUUCCAAGCAGUUUCAGAAACGCAGUCACAGAGCGGACGAGUACAUACGCAUAGUAAAACCAGAUCUACCGAAUGCUGUGCAAAACUGUAUAGACGCGGCAGCCUACGAAUUCAACCCUGAGAUACAGAAAAUGUUGAUUCGAGCCGCCCAGUUUGGCAAAGGCUUCAUAGUGGACCCCAUACUGACGGAACACUACGUCAAGACUUGCAGAUGGUUGAGGGUUUUGAACGCGGUGAGAGACCCUAAGGUGGCUAUUCCGCUCACUUUUAAACAAGUUUCCAACCUAGGCGAGCGUAUCUUGCUGGAUCGACUAAUAUGGCGGCGGCUACAUUGCCUGGCGGGACACAUUGCUUCCUACCUGCAACUGAAAGAUGGCCGGACUCGGGUGUUAUCCCACUGGGCUUGCUACAAGGUGACCCAACCGCACCUAGACAACGAGAGUGCGGCGCGCGAGAUCGGAGAAAAGUUGCGGAAUGUUCCCGGAAUAUCUUACGCCACCAUCGCUAUGAAGGCUCACGAGAAAGGCAGGAAGGCCCUCGCUAUUAAGAUUCUUGAAUACGAGACUCGCAGCAAGCUCCAAGUGCCUUUACUUCUGGCAUUAGGCGAGGGCGGCGCGGCGCUACGCAAGGCGGCCGCAAGUGGGGACACCGAUCUGCUACAUGCUGUGUUGCUAGCUCUUAAGGAGAAGAUGGGCAAACAUGAGUUCGAGCUCACCAUCCGAAGCUUCCCGCUAGCUCACGCGCUAUACCUCAAAUACUGCGCGAGCCACAACCGCGAGGCCCUACGGAAGGUGUACGUUCAAGAAGACGACUUCUACGGACAGGCGGCCACACACAUACGAGACGCCAUCGAGCAAUCCAACCCUGGGAGUGUGGAGGCCUCGCUAAUAUCGGCGCGAGAGUGCUACAAGAAAGCGAAGAACGAUUUGGGUGUGUCAAUAUGCGAAGACGGCCGCAAGCUCUUCAAGCAACAGUCCAGUCUGCAGGAGACUUUGAUCGGCGCGCGCUUCGUAGGACUCUCCCUUCACGAUACUGUCAGAGAACUACUAUGUAAAGGCGAGAUCAAGCUGGCGGAUAAACUGAGGGCAGAAUAUAAAAUGCCUGACAGACGAUACUGGUGGCUAAGAAUACUGACACUGGCCGAAAACAACGACUGGGACGAGUUGGACCGUUUCUCCAAGUCGAAGAAGUCGCCUGUAGGAUACGAGCCUUUUGUAGACGCUUGCCUGAAACAUGGAAAGCCUGACGAAGCGUUCAAAUAUCUACCUCGCUGCCAGGAAGACAUGAAAGUCAAGUACUACGUCAAGGCUGGUUUCUACGAAGAAGCAGCUCAAGUGGCAUUCGACCAAAAAGACGAGAGCGCGCUACUGUUCGUCCAAAACAAGUGCCCUCUACAAGACGCGAUGAAGCACGAAAAAAUAUCCGCCCUAUUGGAACAGCUGGCCACUAGAAAGUGAACCGUGUGAUAAUAUAAUUAAGUAUACAUUUUAAUAUACCUGGUAUGUUAGACGCUUAUGGCUCGGGAGUCUAAUAAGGCCUAGUGAUGAAACGCUUGUUUCGACUUCAACCCAGGCUUUCCAUCUAUCCCUCUCACUCAACGCGAGACGCCGGUAUGAGCUGAGCAACAGGGACAAAUAGAUCCUAAAGGAAUCUGUUUAGAACUUUAGACCCUCAACUAGUUGUGGAAAUAACGUAUGCUACGAAUAUGCACUGAAGUUAAGGAUUCCCUUCAUUACGUUUUUUCUAAUCUCGGUGCGAAAUAUUAUUUACAGUUUAUGUGAAUAACAAUCUAACUUCGAAAUAGUUUUAUAUACGAAAUUAGUCAAACCAAAGGCUACAGCGCGCUUGAGCGUGCUAAGAAAUAGAACAUACAUAAAGAUACACAGCAAAUUAGCUGUCGGAUAAUGUAUUAGAUAUUU